UAUAUUCCAGCCAUGGCUCGUCCGCCACCAGUGCGCACCCAGGCAGCCCGCGGCCACCAUGGCGAUCCAAGCCGUCUCUCAUGCCCUUGUGCUCGUGGUGCUGCUGACGGCAUGCCUCUGCGCCCCGCAGUUCACCCCUACAACGGCGCCCUCCGCCCUGAGCGGGGACCUGGACCUGGCCGCCCUGGCCGGCGAGCUGCUCGAUGUCGCUGGCCGCCUGCAUGAGGUCUCGGACAGCCUGACGGCGCCCGCCGAGCGUGACGCGGUCGGGGCCUCUCCCACCGAGACCACCGCGGGCACGUCGCCGUUGGAGCCCUCUGUGGCCCAGCCGACGGCGGCUGCUCUCCCGGACGGCCUCCCCGACAACGACACGUUCCGUCGCCGCCUCUUUUUCAUCGGCGACCUGGGUGACGACUACGUCCGCGUGCCCGCGAGGGACGUGCUGCCACCGUACGAAGACGGAGAGCCGGAAUCGAUCGGUGAGACCGCGGCGCUUCCCUUCUCGUUCAAGACAGCCGUCCACAGUGCGGCCAACCAGGCCGUCAACGAAGACGCCCGCACGUCGUUCGUCCCUCUCCACGAGAAGGACCUCCUGCGCCGACCCGGCUCCAGGUUCCGGCUGGACCAGCGCGCCGCCAGCAGGGACGGAGAGAUCCGCGCCGCCAUGGAGGCCGAGGGGUUCCAGGGCCCCCUCCCGGAGGCGACGACUGGCACGGCAAUGCGACCAGGGCAUGGCCGGCACACCUACCGCUGGACCGUCGCCUCGCGCGAGGAGCGCGAGAAAGAGCAGUAAGGAGUUCCUCCCCCGGCCUGCAAAUAAAGUCCCCCCCCCCAUC